GUUCAUUUAUCCAGUGUUUGUGUGUGUCUGUGUACCUACCGAACUUUGCAGGAAUUUAUAAUUAGUUCGCGAUAGAUGAAGAGGGAAUCAACAAUUCCAUGGAAUUGAAAUCAAUCAGGCUAUGUAGCUGAAAUGAAAAAAAUGCCGCAAUGUUUCUUUAUCGUUGAAAAUACCUCGCCAUCUUGAUGCUUGUCAAGAGGCGCAAAGAAUUUCGUGGUGAAUAGCACAAUGUGUGUGUGCAAGAAGUCGCAGUACGUACGGCCUGGAUUGACGUUUACUCCCCAGCAGCCAAUGUUUUGAUUCAUCCAGUGAAUUAACAUACCUAUAUAUUUCCAUUAAUUUUCAAUCGCUUGCGCAAUAGACAACACUAUUUUUUAAAAAACCGACAGUUUGAUCAUCAUCGAGAUGAUAUCAAGGGAAUGAUUUUUUUUGCGAAUGAAGAUUGGAGUGAAUUUUACCCGAUAAAAAAAAUUACGCAUGAGGAAACGGGAUGUAUUACUAAUUACUGAUAGUUCAUGAGUGGCCAGUUGUAACAAUAGUGUCGUUAUUUUUAAUAACAAGAUAUUGUUUUCAUGGUCUGAGAAGAGAUUAUUUACUGAUAUUAACAAUUGAAUGGUAAAAUGGCCACUGAUGUGAAGGAGUCUGACACUGAGGAUCACGAGAGACCAGCCCCAGCAAAGAGACAAUGCAUGAAAAUCGUAAACAUUAAUGAUACAAUGACUCAUCAAACAGCACAAGAACCUGCACCAGAGAUUGAAACUGAAUUUGAGAGGACCGAAAGAUUAAUACGCGAGAAACUGCGGAGAUGGCAAGCGUGUCAGAUGGCAAAGGGCUUUGUUGAUAACACCAUAAAUCGUGUGAUGGAGAACUACAUUCUAGGGCCACAAGUGGAUGCCUCACAAUUUCGUUUAUUUCGGGGGAACGAGAUGGAAGACACUGCUGUGAUGAUGGCCAUCAGGAAUCACGGCUUGGUACAUUCAGGACAGUUUGAAGACGAGAACCCCAUUUAUCAGAGUUUUUCGACCUCAAUGGAAAGGGAGAAAUUUUCGGAAUCAAUGAACUUUGGCAUUCCCUUGGGAGCUACUUCAUCCACCAUAAUGUCAUCGAGUGGACAUGAAGGGAAUUGCGAAGACGGUGUGAAGGACAAAAAUGACGAUGGAGGAGACGAGCAAGAUUUUUUGGAGCGGGCGGUCGCAGAAGCCAUUAAAAUUAAAGGGCUCAGUGCAUUGAGUGUCGACUAUGGUUGAAACUCACUCAUUCAUGGAGAAUAUUAAGAUUUGUUAUUAUUAUUUUUCUUUCAAGUCUCGCAUUCCAAUCGUAAAGUCUCUAACAUUACACGGAGAGAAAUUUUCUUGAAAAAAUCCAAUAAGAGUGCUGGGAGAAAUAAUAAUCUAUUUGGAAAAAAUUCUACGGCUUUGAAGAUUAAAUUUUUGAGGAGUUGUAGUAAAAUUUUUCACAGUAAUAUAAAGCAAAAUUGGCGGCUCCCCAAUAAAAUUUCCAACGCCAGUGCUAGAAAUUUUUAAAAAAUUUCUAUUCGUGUGUACUCUUAAGGCCAAUUUUCUCAGCCCUUUCUGUCCUACUAAAAAAUAGCUAAUUGCAUAUGAAUUGAUUUAAAGAACCUAUUAAGGAGAAUAUCAUGUAAAUCUAUGAGGUAGCCACUAAGCCAUUCAACAGAGGAGAUUAAAUGCUUGAACUGAAUGGAGAAACUGUAGUCCUCUCAUGCCAUAGAAUGACAAAACUGUGAAAGCUUCGUUCCUACUGUACUGUCAGCAGAUAAAUAUUAACGAGAGUAUUCUUGUAUAACAUGUAAUGCGUAUGUUAUAUUUAUUUCCAUAAAAUGGUAAAUGAA